UUGAUUAUCGGUAGAAUAAAAUCUCCAUUCAUUCACCGAUCCAAUUCGCGUAACGGCGAUUUUCUGAUAUCUCAUUCGUAAACCCUAGCGGCUCCGCCCGCUUCUACAGCAGGCAUGGCCGGAGGUAGCAAUACCACCAAGUCAUCUCAGAAGCCUUCUUCUUCUUCCGCCGCUCCUUCUAACCGGAAAUCCCGCUGGGAGUCCUCCACCAACAAUCCUCCCUCCGAUCCUAAAUCCGACUCUAAAUCUUCCAAACCCCAUAAUUCUUCCUCCAAAUCUGCAAUUAGUCCCAAUUCCACUCACCCCAAGCAUCCUACCGACAAGGCUGUUAAUCCGACUCCGGCUUCGGCUCCACUCCCUUCUCCUGGGGUUCCACUUCCUUUUCCUGACUCCUCAGCUCUUGGCCCACCGCCUCCGCCCUCUUAUGGGUUCCAUAUGCUUGAGCGCCGCACGAUUGUUCUUGCCGAUGGCAGUGUACGGUCGUAUUUCUCUCUCCCUCUCGACUAUCACGAUUUUACUCCGCCUUCAAGGUCCAUGGAUCUUGCUGGUCGGUUUUUACCAAUGGGGUCCGGUGGUCCUGGCCAUGAAUAUGGUGGAUUUGACCAUCGGUUUCCCCCAGGUGGACCUAUGAGUCCAGAUGAAUUUAGGGGUGUUCGGGAAGAACAAUUUGGGCGUGCUAGGCCUCAAGAUCACUGGAAUUCUCGGGGGACUGAUGAACGUGGUGGUCCUGCAGAUUCGUCCAUGAAAAGGAAAUUCAAUGACGACAAUGAGAAGGACAGGAAGGAUGAGAAAGACGAUUUGUCCAGGCGACAGCAGCAAUUUUUGCAUAAUGGGAAUGCAAAUGGGUUUCUUACUGGUUCCGGCGAACGAAGGGGUGAUUUUUUGGCGGGAACGAGUGAUCCAUAUGGUCGGACAGAGGAUACGAGGUUCUCGAAGUAUAUGCGAGUUGGUGGGAGUUAUGAAAAUGAAGGUUUAAGGCUAGGUAGCGGUAACAAUGUAGCUCCUAAAUAUUUAGAAGUUGACCAGAAUGCAUUGAGAAAGGCAUUUCUUCAUUUUGUGAAGACUAUCAACGAAAACGCAAAUCAGAAAAAGAAUUAUCUGGAGGAUGGGAAGCAUGGGCGUCUUCAAUGUCUUGCUUGUGCAAGGUCCUCUAGAGAUUUUCCAGAUAUGCAUGGCCUUAUUAUGCACACAUACAACUCUGAGAGUGCUGACUUGCAAGUGGAUCAUUUGGGUUUACAUAAAGCUCUUUGUGUAUUAAUGGGGUGGAACUACUCAAAGCCUCCUGAUAAUUCAAGAGGGUACCGGUUUCUAUCUGCUGACGAAGCAGCAGCUAACCAGGAGGAUCUGAUUAUGUGGCCUCCUAUAGUUAUCAUCCAUAAUACUAUUACCGGAAAGAGUAAAGAUGGGCGCAUGGAGGGUUUGGGAAACAAAGCAAUGGAUAGUAAAGUUAGAGACCUCGGGUUUGGGGGUGGGAAGUCCAAGUCUUUGUAUGGAAGAGAUGGUCAUUUGGGCACAACUUUGAUCAAGUUUUCAGGUGAUCAGUCUGGCCUCAAUGAAGCCAAGAGGCUGGCUGAAUUUUUUGAGAAGGACAAUCACGGACGCACGGCUUGGGCUCGUGUGCGACCUGCAGCAUUUAGCAGGGAUGAUGAUAAAAAUCCAAACCUUGUAAAGGUGGAUGAAAAAUCUGGAGAGAAGAAAAGGAUUUUUUAUGGCUAUCUUGCAACUGCAGCUGAUAUGGACAAAGUUGAUUUUGAUACAAGGAAGAAGGUAACCAUAGAGAGCUAUAGGGAUUUCAAAUCGUCCGGGUAGAAUACCUCGAAAAAUAUAGUUCAGCACCUCUUCAGUUUGUGUCCUUGGUUGAGCUGCAACACGGAUCCACCUCAUGUUUAAGCUCAAUGGUUCAUGGAUGAAGUCUUUACCAAACAGCUUGCUGAAUGCUGCCCUUUGUUAAACGGAGGUGGGUGGUUGUUUGGUCUACCAGUAACGUUACUUCAGGAAUUUCCCUGGAUUUGUUGCGUAAUUUUAAUUCUACUGUAGGAUAAAUGUGUAUGGUAGGAUGUGGAACAUGGAUCUGGUUUUUUGUCUAACAAUUUUAAAUCCUAAUGAUUGAAAAAAGCUUGAAUUAUUAGUUUGUCGUUGCACAAACAGCACAA